AUGGAAGGAAGUUGUCGGCCCAGCAUGACUCGAAAGCGCUCUGGCCUUGACUACGACCAGGAUCUCGCACUGCCCAUGCCCAAACCACGUCACCCCAAACCUGAACCUUUCGUUAACAUAAUGCCCCCGUCGGGAGCAGAAAACCUCAAGCCCCAGCCCCAUCUGCUGAAGAAGCGUUCCAUGACAGACACGGCUUAUUCGAAAGCCUCGCCUGCGUGUGAACCAGUCACAUCCGGGGAUGGCAAGAAGAAGUCUCGUCUUGAUCUUAUCAAGUUGAAGCUGAGCUUCAAGGAUCUACGCAAGGAGUCUGUCAAGGAUGAUGGUGCAAACACUAUUCCUCAUGUACCCUUCAUUCAGACCAAGAGUGGCCUCCACCGUCCGUCUGCUAGUAGUGGUAUUUCAGCGUUCUCACCUAGCACAUAUGCUCUCAAGACUGAGUCCAAGCCUGUGGAGACUGGCACGUCUUCUCCAUCGAAUGUUGCAUCUGCAAUAUUUACCCCUCAGGCAAACUCUGCACCAAGCAGAAUCCCACUUCCUCCUUCAGGAACACAUGCCCACGCGCAAAUGGCUACCUCCAGGUCUUCUACUGGCCGCCAGGUUAGUAGCUGGGGGCAGGUAAAAGCUACUGCCGAGCUUGGGGAAACCCAGGAGAAGUUGGGCGCUGCCACCAAAGGCAUCAAAGUCAAUACGGCACAGCCUUCUGAAACACGUCAACCCAACAUCGUCGUAAGCCGUCCCAGCCUUGACACUCCCGCCAAGAAUCGUGAAUCAUCAACAUCAAAGCCUCAUGUGCCCAAGUACGCUCCAACUGGAGACUUGCCUAUCAUGAUUGGUGAGCUUACAGAAGGUACCGGAAGAGUCAGCUAUCUUCCUAAGGAUUGGCUGGAGGGAACAUCCCCUUUGUCACCCUCGCCGACUAUUAAGACGAAGCGCCACUCGGAAACUAUGCACAGCAACGAUGAGCUACCCGUGACUUCGCAGCCCGACUACAUGCCUUCCUUCAUAGAGCGUCUUGACGAUGCCAAUCUGCCCAACGACAAGACUACUGCAGAGAUCAGAAACCACCGCACUGCCACGCACGUGGAUGAUGUCGUGGAAAUGGUCUGGUCCAUCCAGCGACAAGCCGACUCUGGGAUCAGUAGCCUAAACAAAAAACUCGAGGAGCUGUCUCUUUGGAUUGGCGACCAUCUCAGGAACCAGAUUGAAACUGUCAGCGACCUUAACCGCGCCAACAACGAGAUUUCCUCCCGGCAGUAUGAACUUUCUCGGGACCUCAUGAAGUUCCAUCUAGACAUUCGCCUUGAGACUGGCGUGAUGGAGCGGCGUAUGAAUGUCUUCGAGAUGAAACUUCUGGACGAGCUACAAACCGAAAUCCGAAACUUGGCUGCUUCCUAUGAUGAACUGCACAUGAAGACUGCCUACUUGGUGGAAAAAUACUCCUCCGAUGCCACUCAGAAAUUCAUCAAGGAUCAGCGGCAGAAGAAUGUCGAGAUCGAUAACGAGAUCGCGUACCUCAAAGAGCAGCGAGAGGCUAACCUCAAGGCCAUUUGGCCCCUCCAGGCUCAGCCGUGCGUAAGCCAGUCUACCAUUGCGAGCACCGAGCUCUUGAUUAGACCGCCAGUUUCUGCCUCGCCGCCUCUUCCCAUGCCACAAUCAGUGCCAACCACCCCAUCCCGGCCUAAGCUACCCCCGGCGGCGAAAAGCAAGGCCAGCAAUGUUUUCUCGCGUAGCCUAUCGUUCAAAAGAGGGCUCACCAAAGUCAUAUCCGGCACUUCAGACUGUGAAAACAAGAACCAUGGGCCGACCGGCAGCACUGAGGACACAAAGAAAUGGAACGUCUUCAACUUCCGCCGCCGCCAUAGGACAACCAGCCAGGGCUCAACUAGUCCCGGCAAGUUCUCUUGGGCAUAUUCCCGCCGCUCAAAGGAUGGUGCAGCCUCGGACAAUGGCAGCUCGCGUUCAACGACUCCCCCUCCGCCAAUCCCUCGCAAUGUGCUCCAGAACAUUGAGAGUAACAUCCACGCUGCAAGUAAAGUGCAUCCCGCAUUCCGGAACGUGGUUCAGCAAUCCUGCAUGAAAGACAAGUCCUUGGUUUCCCCGAUUGCUCCUGUGCACACUUCAAUUAUGUCGCCACUAAUGACCCGACUUUCUCACCAUGAUGGUCAGAAUUCAAGUAUUGUCUCGGCAUCGAUGACUCCCAGUCCAGCUUCCUCCCAAGAUAACAAGGCUUCGAAUGGAGAGAUUCCGUCUCCGGAUAAGUAUGAGGCGCAGGAAUUACUCGUCCAAGACUCUGAGUCGCUCACUCCUCUCCGUCCCAUUGAGGGCAUGCGGAAGCCACUUCUCGGGGAGGCGGAGGAAGAGGAUCAUGCCUGGGACCGGGUUUCAUUGCAUGAGGCCAAAACUACUGAGUAUUUGCAGUAG